GGAGGUGGAAGGGGAGGUGGAGAGGCAGGAGGAGACUGGGGAGGUGGUGGUGCAGGAGGUGCAAGGGCAGGAGGAGACUGAAGAGGAACGGGAUGUGACCACGUACUCUGAAAACUCGGAGGAGACUGAGGAAGACACCCCCAGCAGCCAUCAGGGGAAUGGUGGGGAGGGAACGAGAGAGGCAGAGAGGGAUGGGGAGAGAGACAGGGAGGGGGAGAGAACGAGACAGGGAGAAUUGAUGACAGAGGGACUGGGAGAAAGGGAUAUCAGAAUUCAGGAGCACACUGUUGUCAGCCACCAGGAGAUGGAGGAGCUGAGGAGGGACAGGCAGAGUCAGGCAGAUUGCAUCAUGGGAAACCCCGGCGGCAGUACAACCUCACGUCGUGUCUUAGAAUCCCCACAGAGGACCUCCUGUCGUGUGAGUGGAGGAGGGAGAGAUUGGACUCCUCAAAGGGCCCACAAGGAGGUGAAGAGGCAGGGCAGGGGAGGCCGAAGGGACACGAGGUGUGAGAGGGGAGGCGGAAGGGGUGGAAGGGAGACGGAGCGCGAGGAUGGCGUUGGCCAGAUGAUGUCUGAGGUCAAGGUGUGCAUGAGCAGUAGCAGUAGCUCUGAGACGCAGGACGGUAGAGAGGCCGCCCUCCGACCCAGACCUCCGAGGCCUCGACCCCGGCCCCGCCCUGGCCCCGGCAACCCACACCCCCACCAGGCGGACUCCCACAGUCAGCAGGCAAAGGCCCAGAGUAAGACGCGCCCAAAACAGGCCUACCAGACACACACCUACCUAACAGAGGGCGACACCGACCCAGCACAGGCCCAGAACCUCGAGCUAGAGGCCCAGAGCGACACCCGACAGAGCCAGCAGACAAAAGCACAAGACUGCGGAGAAGAUGCCAUUAGGCCUAGACCCAGAUCCGGCCCGAACACACCACAUCCUCACCAGACACGGCCAAAGCAGGUCCACCAGACCCGACAUGCACAGCCAGACCAAAACCGCAAGAGACAAGCACCCAGCCACCCAACACAAGCCCAGGCUAGUCAGGACCACACUGGGAAGACCCGGGGACACACCCAACCAACACUGUGUUCAACCAGUACCUCUGACUCCCCUCCCAGCCUCCAAAACCAGACCCAGUUGAAUGGUACCAGUACCAGGUCCACCUCUGACUCCCCUCCCAGCCUCCAAAACCAGGCACAGCUGAAUGGUACCAGUACCAGGUCCACCUCUGACUCCCCUCCCAGCCUCCAAAACCAGGCACAGCUGAAUGGUACCAGUACCAGGUCCACCUCUGACUCCCCUCCCAGCCUCCAAAACCAGACCCAGUUGAAUGGUACCAGUACCAGGUCCACCUCUGACUCCCCUCCCAGCCUCCGGAACCAGGCACAGCUGAAUGGCAUCAGUACAAGGUCCCCCUCUGACUCCCCCUCAAGUGUUCAGAACCAGGCUGAGUUGCAUGGUACCAGUACCAGGUCCAUUUCUGACUCUCUUCCCAGCCUCCAAAACCAGGAUCAGUUGCAAGGUACCAGUACAAGGUCAACCUCUGCUUCCCCACCUAGUAAGGCCCAAACCUGCUACUCUCAAGUCCAGCAGCAUGACAGGGAGAGUUUAGUGGGACCCCAGCCUACUUCUGUCUCCCCUACCAGCCAGCAGAACCAGGCUCUAUCGCAUGGUACCAGUACCAGGCCCACUUCAGUCUCCCCUCCCAGCCACAAGGCCCAGGUACAGGACCACACUCCCAACACGCGACACCCCCAGCACCGCUACAGGGAGAGCAGCGCCAGGGCCCCGUCCGACCCUCCCCCUUUCCAGGGCCAGCUGUAUCAGACUGAGACCCGGACCCAGGAGGAGCCCCAAAGAGAGGGUCCAACUAGCCUCAGCUCGGACCGCAACCCCAUCCCAGAGAAGCACCCCGGGGCUGUCAACACAUCCCCUCUGCCCUCACCCACCCCGCGCUACAAGUCGAGCCCCGCCUCAUCCGCCCCGUGCUACAAAACAACCCCACCUUCACCCGCCCCGUGUUACAAAACAACCCCACCUUCACCCGCCCCGUGUUACAAAACAACCCCACCUUCACCUGCCCCGUGUUACAAAACAACCCCACCUUCACCCGCCCCGUGCUAUAAAACAACCCCACCUUCACCCGCCCCGUCCUACAAAACAACCCCACCUUCACCCGCCCCGUGCUACAAGGUGUGUCCUUCUCCACCUGCUCCGCCCUACAAGACUUCCCCAGCUCCGCUGGCUCCGCAGCGUGGCACAGAGGCCCGGAGGGAGUCCCCAGAGAGGAGAAGCGCACAGGAACAGAUUCCUCAACAUGUAACAGAAGAGCAGCCUAGCAGGCCACCGUACCCAGAGCCCCAAGAAACUGAGGAGGACAGCGACAACACACCUCAACCAACACAGAACAAUGCCUCAUUCCCCAGCUUUGUGGAUGUCCCAGGUCCGUGUGAGCCGGAAGACCUGAUUGAUGGGAUAAUUUUUGCUGCCAACUACCUGGGCUCCACCCAGCUGCUGUCAGACAAGAACCCAUCUAAAGGAAUACGCAUGGCUCAGGCCCACGAGGCUGUCAGCCAGGUCAAGAGCCAAGACGAAGACUCUCAGUUGGUGACAGAAGUUGACCUCUUCAUCUCCACCAAGGCUGUGAAGGUGCUGAAUGCGGACACACAGGAAACACUGAUGGACAGUGCGUUGCGCACCAUCUCUUACAUUGCGGACAUCGGGAGCAUCGUGGUUCUGAUGGCUCGGACUCGUAGAUCAGGAGGCACCGCCUCACAGGACUGUACUGAGUCUGACCUGUCCUCUGCAGAGGGCCAGAGGCAGUACAGAAUGAUCUGUUACGUCUUCGAGUCAGAGGAUGCCCAGCUGAUUGCGCAGUCCAUUGGCCAGGCGUUCAGCGUCGCCUACCGGGAGUUUCUGCGAGCCAAUGGGAUCAAUCCUAAGGACCUGAGUCAGAAACAAUACAGUGACAUCAUCAAUUCCCAGGAAAUGUACAACGAUGACCUGGUCCAUUUCUCAAACUCGGACAACUGUAAAGAGCUGGAGUUGGAGAAGCAGAAAGGAGAGAGCUUGGGUGUGGUGAUAGUGGAGUCCGGCUGGGGCUCCAUCCUGCCCACGGUGAUCCUGGCCAACAUGCUGAACAGUGGGCCGGCCGCCCGCUCUGGGAAGCUGAACGUGGGGGACCAGAUCAUGUCUAUUAAUAACACCAGUCUGGUGGGCCUGCCCCUGGCCACCUGUCAGAGCAUCAUCAAGGGUCUCAAGAGCCAGGUCCAGGUGAAGCUGAGUAUUGUGAGCUGCCCUCCUGUCACUACAGUCCUAAUCAAGAGACCUGACCUCAAGUUCCAGCUGGGCUUCAGCGUUCAGAACGGCAUUAUCUGCAGUCUGAUGCGCGGCGGUAUCGCAGAACGAGGAGGGGUGCGAGUCGGCCACAGGAUCAUUGAGAUCAACGGGCAGAGCGUGGUUGCCAUGCCGCAUGAGAAGAUAGUCCAGACCCUGUCCAUCUCAGUGGGUGAGAUCAAUAUGAAGACGAUGCCUGCUGUGAUGUUCAGACUGUUAACAGGACAGGAGACCCCUGUCUAUAUCUAGUCUCUACUCUGCUCUACCCUCCAGGGCCAGGACGCCCCACACCUCAUUUUGCCCCCCUGCUCCACCCUCCAGGGCUCCCACGCUGCACCCCACCCCCCGACCCUUUCUACAACCAGGGUUACCGGAAACGAAACCGCCACGCAUUAAAAACAAGCUGCUGGUUGUUGUGCUUUCAGUCAUUUUAUAGGCACAAACAUCUCUGUGGUGAAUCAUUUAUUUAAAGAAUUAGCCUAUGACAAAUGCAGUAUGGGAGUAGAGGUUUUAGUUGUUUUGUUCCCCUUGACAUUUUUUCCAAAUAUUGUGUUUUUUCCUUUUAAACAUAAUGUUUUCAAACAAGAGGUUCACCACAGAGAUUUUGUAAUGUGUAAGCUGUAAUAAUCAAAUGAUUGUGGGUAGAGGAGGCCGAGUGUUAGGGCCCUAUUCUCUAAGUAGUUCACUACAUGUGACCAGGGAACAUAUGGCUCUGGUCAUUGGGGAAACACCCCUUGAAUACUCUCUAACUACUUCUGUAUGUGUGGGAGGAAAUGAGGGAGAGACUGGCAACAGAGGCUGUUCCAGCCAUUGCAUUGUCAAUAGCCAUUGGAUGUGGGGGCGGGGCUUCUGACCUCAUCCAAUAUGUUUUAAGAUGGAGGUGAGAAGAGAUGAUGCAAGGAAUUAAAGAGAUUCUGUUCUCCAAAUGAUGUGGUUCAAGAUGGACCAUUAUACUUUUUUUUAAGUAUAAUUUCAUUUUGGUUGGUUCAUUUGUGAUUAAUUUAAUACAAAAUUGUUUGAAAUGAAUGCAAUAUAAGCUGUCCCUAGUGGAUGUGGUAUAUACAGUAUGUGUGUGUGGGUGUGUGUUUACUGGUUUAAAUAUCUUGCAAGUAUUAAAACAAGGAAAAUCUGCUGUUGUGGGGACAUUUUGUCCAGCCAUAUUAAGAAGGAAUUUUCCAACUCGGUUAAGCUUAAAAGUUGCAACUGGGGUUAGGAUUACGAUUAGGCAAUGAAUUGAUCAAUAAAAUAAAGGAGUGAGAAAACACACAGUCUGCACUUCAAGGAAUGAUUGUGACUUGUGCGUUUCAGUGUGUGGAACACAGAAAAGUACUAUUACUUUAGUUCCUCUGGGGUUAGGUUUUGGGUUGAGAUAGGUGAUUUGGUGUCCCCAGAGGAACGGGGCACAGGGUGUGUGUGAAUGUAAGACGAAAUGUACACACAAGGUCGGGGUUACUUUCUCACAAGAAGAGAUUGCAAACAGCUAAUUUUAUUUUUGAACGUCUUACUAGUUUUCGUUAGUAACAUGCAAGACUCUGUGAUUUACUGUAGUUGCGUUGUAGUUGGGUUUAGGGGGAAGAAUGUGGCAAAUGUGCCACAACUGUGUUGAUAUUGUAACUUAUCGUUGGGGCUAGCCUUUCAUUGUUCUUUGAUUGUUUAACUGACAGCUGGGGUGAUUUAGCCAUGUGAGAACACAACACACACUGUAUGUUAUGAUGCUGUAGAGUGCCUUCAGAUUGUUCACACCCCCUUGAACAUUUUGAAAUGUGGUCGUGUCAAAGCCUCACAGAUCAUCAAAAUGGAUCCACACACCAAGUGGAAAUACUCAUUCAUUAAAAAUACGAACCUAGAUUUAACAAUGAUUAAACAGUACCCGCCGAAAGGUGUACGGACAAGUGGGGACGUGGGGGACAGGCUCUAAUUUAUGGAACUCCAAGGCACCGACACGACAGAAUGUUAAAACCUUCAAGGGGAUGUGGACUUCUCACUGGCAUUGUCAAUUGUAAUUCAUAAGGGAGGGUUUAUUUCCACUGGCCAACAUGAGGAACUUUAGCCACCCCUCAUAUAUAUUGACACAGUACGGUAUGGGACAAGGCCAAAUAUCAUCGUGUAUGGGGCAUUCUAGCCUGGUCUGACAUUGUUGCCUAUCAUGCCACAGCAGGACAAAGACCAUACGAAUUGGCAAUGCAGCACAAAGGGAUCUGUUACCAGGCUUGGGGAUUAUUGAUUUUCCACUGUAAAACUUCGGACCUGAUUUGCCCCGACGAAAAAUGGAGCUACCCCCGCAAAAAAAUGUCAACUCUUUAUAACCCAUGAGUUAGUUUGCGUUUUCUGUUGCUCAAAUACAGACACAAUGCCUGUUAACCUCUUAACGACUGUUAACGACACAUUAUGGUAACGCAGAAGGCCAAAGACAUAACCGGCAAUGACAUGCAUCCUUCUUUCUCUGCGUCCUAAAUGCCACAAUGGUCCCUCUAUAAUGUAUAAAGACGUAGGAUCAAAUGUCGUGCCCUAUUAAGGGGGCAGGAGCAGUUUGGGGCGCAAAUAAGUGUGCUGGACUGUGUGAUCUUGUAUAUUGCUGUAUGAAUGUAUCGCCAGACGCUAAGAAUACACUGUGACUGAUUGAGAAAGGAGCAGAUGAUGACGACGUGUGUUACUGCUUUCCAUAUGGGUUUUAAUGAGAUGACCUCCGCGACAUGCCGUGAUGAAAAUAAACACCUGGAACACUCACACCUAGUGUUCAAGCAGA